GGGGUGGGAAUGUGGGAACCGAGGAAUAAGGGGAAAGCUGGGGCCACACUUUCCCCUCCUGGGAUAUUUGGCGUGCAACACGCCCCUCCCCAGACCCAGUGCUUGUUUCCUCUGGAGGCCAGGAUACCCCGUAAGACCACUUGGAGACCCCCCUCUCUUUCGUUUCCCCCUCAUUGUCUCCUGAGGUGAGGAGGGGGCAUUGUCUCCUGAGGAAAGAGAGGCUUCCGCCCCCAUCCAGUGCUGGAUAGUCCAAGAAACGAGAAAGCAGAGGACCCUUGGUCCCAACCCUGACUCUGCCAUCAACAAACUGUGUAACAACUCUGUGUGACCUUGGUCGGUUCCCGAUUCUGGUCCCCGGCCCCCAGCAGCGCCUGCCCCCUUCCCACCGGGGCCCCCCAUGAUGCCACCACCCUUCAUGCCCCCUCCAGGAAUCCCCCCACCCUUUCCUCCGAUGGGACUACCUCCCAUGAGUCAGAGACCGCCAGCCAUCCCCCCAAUGCCACCUGGCAUCAUGCCCCCAAUGCUUCCACCAAUGGGGGCGCCACCACCACUCACACAGAUACCAGGAAUGGUACCUCCCAUGAUGCCAGGAAUGCUGAUGCCAGCGGUGCCUGUCACCGCAGCGACGGCUCCGGGUGCGGACACAGCCAGCUCUGCUGUGGCUGGGACAGGCCCUCCGAGGGCCCUGUGGAGUGAGCAUGUGGCCCCUGAUGGGCGCAUCUACUACUACAAUGCUGACGACAAGCAGUCCGUGUGGGAGAAGCCCAGCGUGCUCAAGUCCAAGGCAGAGUUGCUGCUGUCUCAGUGUCCCUGGAAAGAGUACAAGUCAGACACGGGCAAACCUUACUACUAUAACAACCAGAGUAAGGAGUCUCGCUGGACCCGGCCCAAGGAUCUGGAUGACCUGGAGGCUCUAGUCAAACAAGAGGCUGCAGGUCCUUCGCAGGAUAGAGACCAGCUGGUCCGACUCUCCCUGUCUCUGCUCUACUUGUGGACACUGCCCUUCUGGCUCAUCUGUAGGAAGCAGCAGCCGCAGCCACCUCAGCCCCAGCCUGAGCCCCCACCUGUGCCGCCCGGCCCCACCCCUAUGCCUCUGGGCCUUCUAGAGCCUGAGCCAGGUGGCAGUGAAGAUUGCGAUAUGUCAGAGGCUGCCCAGCCUGUGGAGCAAGGGUUUCUGCAGCAGCCGGAGGAGGGCCCCAGCAGUGCUGCUGGACAGCAUCAGCCACCGCAGCAGGAGGAAGAGGAAUCAAAGCCAGAACCAGAGAGGUCUGGCCUCAGUUGGAGCAACCGGGAGAAAGCAAAGCAGGCCUUCAAGGAGCUGCUGAGGGACAAGGCUGUCCCCUCCAACGCCUCGUGGGAACAGGCCAUGAAGAUGGUGGUCACCGACCCCCGUUACAGUGCCUUGCCCAAACUGAGUGAGAAAAAGCAGGCAUUCAAUGCCUACAAGGCGCAGCGGGAGAAGGAGGAGAAGGAAGAGGCCCGGCUAAGGGCCAAGGAGGCCAAGCAGACCUUGCAGCAUUUCCUGGAGCAGCACGAACGCAUGACCUCUACCACCCGCUACCGGCGGGCAGAACAGACCUUUGGGGAGCUGGAGGUAUGGGCUGUGGUCCCUGAGAGGGAUCGAAAAGAGGUUUAUGAUGAUGUCCUCUUCUUCCUGGCCAAGAAGGAGAAGGAACAGGCCAAGCAGCUCCGGCGCCGCAACAUCCAGGCCCUGAAGAGCAUCCUGGAUGGGAUGAGUAGUGUCAACUUCCAAACCACAUGGUCCCAGGCCCAGCAGUACCUCAUGGAUAACCCCAGCUUUGCUCAGGACCACCAGCUGCAGAACAUGGACAAGGAAGAUGCACUGAUCUGCUUUGAGGAGCACAUCCGAGCUCUGGAGAGGGAGGAGGAGGAGGAGCGGGAGCGGGCCCGCCUUCGGGAGCGGCGUCAGCAACGCAAGAACCGGGAGGCCUUCCAGACCUUCCUGGAUGAGCUGCAUGAGACAGGGCAGCUGCACUCCAUGUCCACCUGGAUGGAGCUGUACCCAGCGGUCAGCACUGAUGUCCGCUUUGCCAACAUGCUGGGCCAGCCGGGCUCCACCCCUCUGGACUUGUUCAAGUUCUAUGUGGAGGAGUUGAAGGCACGAUUCCAUGAUGAGAAGAAGAUCAUUAAGGACAUUCUUAAGGACCGGGGCUUCUGCGUGGAGGUGAACACAGCCUUUGAGGACUUCGCCCACGUCAUAAGCUUUGACAAGAGGGCUGCUGCGCUGGACGCAGGCAACAUCAAGCUGACCUUCAAUAGUCUGCUGGAGAAAGCAGAGGCACGGGAGAGAGAGCGGGAGAAGGAGGAGGCGCGAAGGAUGCGGCGCAGGGAAGCUGCCUUCCGAAGCAUGCUGAGGCAGGCCGUGCCUGCUCUGGAGCUGGGCACUGCCUGGGAAGAGGUCCGUGAGCGCUUUGUGUGCGACUCAGCCUUUGAGCAGAUCACCCUGGAGUCGGAGCGGAUCCGGCUCUUCCGGGAGUUCCUGCAGGUACUGGAGACUGAAUGCCAGCACCUCCACACCAAAGGCCGAAAACAUGGCAGAAAGGGCAAGAAGCACCAUCGAAAGCGUUCCCAUUCGCCAUCAGGUUCUGAGUCGGAAGAGGAGGAGUUGCCCCCGCCGCCUCUCCGACCCCCCAAACGGAGAAGGCGGAACCCCUCGGAGUCAGGCUCUGAGCCUUCUUCCUCACUUGAUUCGGUUGAAAGUGGGGGUGCUGCCCUUGGAGGACGGGGUUCCCCAUCUUCUCGCCUUCUCCUUGGAUCAGAUCAUGGCCUUCGGAAAGCCAAGAAACCAAAAAAGAAAACUAAGAAGAGAAGACACAAGUCGAACAGUCCUGAGAGCGAGACAGACCCUGAGGAGAAAGCUGGCAAGGAGAGUGAUGAGAAAGAACCAGAACAGGACAAGGACAGGGAGCUCCGGCGGGCAGAACUCCCCAACCGCUCCCCAGGUUUUGGAAUCAAGAAGGAGAAGACGGGCUGGGACACGUCGGAAAGUGAGCUGAGCGAGGGUGAGCUGGAAAGACGGCGGCGGACACUCCUGCAGCAGCUGGAUGACCACCAGUGACCCGACGAGCUGCUCUGCCUUGGGUCUGUGUGAGGCUGUGGAUCCUAGGUCACCCUCACCAUCUGCACUAGACUCCUUUCUUAGUCUGGUCUGUGUCCACUCUUCCUCAAGUAACCCCACCCCCAACACACCAUUGUUGGCACCUCCCGAGGUUGCUUGUGGUGUUUAAGGGUCCUCCACUUCCCGGGCAACUAGUGCAGUCCUUGCCCUCAGCCCCAGACCAGAGAUUGGUAUGCCAUGUGGGGUGGGUGGUGCCAGUAGAGAAAUGUGAGAAGGGGCCUCUAGGGAAGAAUGACAGGUUGGUGACAGGUGGGGUCCUUACCCUCUAGCACCAGUACCUGCUUCUGCCUGCCCGGGCCCUCGGGCUCUACCACUCCUUCCUUCAGCCCCGGGACCCAGUGUAUGUGUGUUUUGUUUUGUUUUGUUUUUGUUUUUUAAAUAAUAUUUAUAACAUGG